AAUAAAAGAGAUGACGUGAGAAGGCAGAACGAUCACAGUAGCUGAAGUGGUUCACAGGCGGACGAUGUUCGUAGAUGGGAACAGUUUGUGGAAAUAUUUGAACCAUGUUGCUCUCGUCGUUUCGAACAUUCGGACCCACUUCAACAGCCUCAACAUGCUGAACACCAGUCUCUAAUUGAGGGGAAAGUUGUUGAUCUUCUAUCUCAUUUGCGUUAUUUUUAUUCAUGCCCGUAGCACACUCAUUACAAUUUAUAUCCAUAUCCAUUCCACUAUCCCGGCGUGCAUGGAAAUUGCCGGAGUUUGCACCGUCUUUUGAAGUGA